AGCCGCGGGCCCUGCCUUCCGCAGCGCCCCGUCAGCGGAAGGAGGAAGCGCCAUGGCCGAUGCCUGGGCCGGCUUCUCGCAGGAGGAGCUACGGCGCCUGCGGUGUCAGCGCCCAGAUUUGUAUGAACCCUCGGAGCAGCAGCAUCGCCCCCACACUGUGAAUAAAAGUCGUAAGCAAACGCAAAGAGAAAAAGCCCUCCAGCAGCAAUGUCAGAAGCUGGGACUACAGGGUGGAGCAGCUUCUGUUCCUCCUGAGCAGUUGCUUUCUGUACCAAAGCACAAGCCUUGUCAACCUCAGCAGCCUGUGCCACCACCUCGUCCUCCUUCAGCAGGAGAUCAAAGCCAAAGUGACAACCGAGACCAGCAGAAGGAAGUGACACCAGUAGAGUCCUGUAAUGGCAGUGACAGUGCCCAGACCCGCCCUGCAAAGCCAAACUCCAAAGUGGAGAAAAAGAAAGUGGAAUUGUUAGUAAGUCGGCAGGAAAAAUCACGAUGGGAAAUCCUCCAGCAAGAGCAGCGGCUGAUAGAAGAGAAGAAUAAACGCAAGAAGGCACUCCUGGCCAAAGCUAUUGCUGAGAGAUCCAAAAGAACUCAAGCUGAAACGGUGAAGCUAAAAAGGAUUCAGAAGGAGUUGCAAGCUCUGGAUGACAUGGUGUCUGCUGACAUUGGCAUCCUGCGGAACCGCAUUGAUCAGGCCAGCUUGGACUACUCCUAUGCCCGGAAGCGGUAUGAUAAGGCCGAGUCGGAGUACGUGGCCGCCAAGCUGGACCUCCAGCACAAGACGGAGAUUAAGGAGCACCUCACGGAGCACCUCUGCACGAUCAUUCAGCAGAAUGAACUCCGCAAGGCCAGGAAGCUGGAGGAGUUAAUGCAGCAGCUGGAAGUGGAGGCAGAUGAGGAAAAUCUGGAACUUGAGAUAGAGGUGGAGCGGAUACUGCAGCAGCAGGAGGCAGAAGCAGGGAGACAAGCCAGCCAGUCACACAAUCACGCUGGGAUGGCGAAGGAAAACCCCGCUCCCGGUGUUACGGCACGGGAGGAUGAGCAUGCUAACCGUGCUGCCACUUCUCCUGCCAUUUCUGAACAGUUGGUUCCAUCUGAAACCUCUGGUACCAAAUCCCUCUCCAAUAUGGACAGCCAAACUCAAGGAGUAAGUGUGGCUCCAGGAAACUCUCCAGCCUGUUCUGAGACAUGACUACCAUCUUCACAUAAGCCAACCGGUUAUGGACGAUAUACUCUGUGGGCUUGUGUGCUUUGUCUGGGUUUCUGCCGUGCCAUUAAUAUGCACUUCAUUUCUCUUUUCUCUUAAUAUUGUUUUCAAAUUUUAGAGGCUCUUUUUUUUUCACAAGACUCUCAUUUGGGGGUCACCAUCUGUCUUCAUCAUUCUGGUUUAAGUUCAUGUUCUAAUGCCCAGCUCUUCCCGGGGCUUUGUACCUUCCUGAAACAGGAUACUUGGAAGAGAACAGUAGGGUUUUUCCAAAGGCUUUCAGUGUAUUGAUAUCGCAGAUACGUGUUCCAAGCAGUGGGCAAGAGAUACAUAUCUGCAGGAGGAAACACCACAGGUUAUUCUGCUUCUGAACACGUUCUGUCCCCUGACAACUGCGAUAGGAUGUUUGUCUUACUUUGCAUCCGUAAGGCAUUAGUUUUCAAUGGUUUUUAAUCCUAUGAAACCCAAGUGCUUACUUCAAUUAUCUUCGUAGCCGAUAUUCUUUCCUGUACCUGAUUUAAAGGAAAUUCGCCUAUUCAGGCAAAUUGCAAAGUCACUUGUAAUAUAUCCUAUUUAUCACUUUGCCUAUUUCUUCCAGAUCAUGCAAGAUCACACAAAGCUAUAUAUUAAUAACAUUAUUAUCUAUGAAAUCACAGCAGCUAUGAUUUAACAAAAAUUGUAGGUUACAUUGCGGAAGGUAUGCUGUAGAAGUAGAAACACACAAAAGAGACUGUGUUAGAAUUAAAGCUGUUCCAUUACAAACAUUUUUCUCUGAUGGAGUUGCCUCAAAGUUCCAGUAAUUAGCCAGGGAUCUUGUAAUGAGUGAUCCCCACUGUAUAUUGGAAGUGAGCCCAUUUUCAUAUAAUAGUCAGUGCAUUUUCUUGCCUGAAGAGUGGGUUUGUACCCCACAAGAAGUUCAGCUCUUUUGCUCUGGUGCUGUUGAAAGGCUUUAAAAAGCUGUUCCAGGUGGAGAAAGUCUCGGGAAUUAAACUAGAGGACGAAGGAAAACCUCCCAUGGAACGAUGCAGCUGCAAACCGUGGGGACAGUGUUCGUGGCUGUCUGCUUUGGAACAGAGGAAGGCUGCUUUCAUUGUGGAAAUGGUUUCUGUAAUACCUGCCCUGAACGUGUCAGUGUAUGAACGAGUUACUGAAUGACGCCAUCGCGUAUAUAAAUGGGACCCUGAGUGUCUCUAUGGCUUUAAUAGUGGAAAAACAUGUCACUACAUUUCAUUUUUAUUCUGUUAAUAAAUCAGUGCAUCUUCUA